AUGCAGCCCAAGCGAACCGUCCGGGGCGCCAAAAGAACCAAAUUGAUAGUAGCUGCCCUUCUAAUAGCCUUCUUGUAUCUUUUGUUGCGCCUGAAACCAGCAAAAACACAUUCUGUUGCUCCCAAAAAAUUCACAGUAACCAAAGACGGAUACACUGAAGAAGCCAUCAAGGAGGACGAGGACACCGAGCAAAUACUUGACUCGGGAUACGGCAGAAACGUUGAAUUCUAUGAUCUCGACAAUUAUCUGGGUAAGGGCGCUCUUAAUGUUGAUAAAAGUAAAGACGUGGUGCUUUUCUUGAUGCCCUUGAGAAACGCAGAACAUGUGUUGCCUAUGGCGUUCCACAACAUGAUGAACUUGACAUAUGACCAUUCGCUCAUCGAUAUUGCCUUCCUUGUCUCCGACUGCUCGCCAGGAGAUACUACCCUUGAUACGGUGUUGGAGUACUCUGUCGCUUUGCAAAACGGGACUUUGGCUGAUGACUUGCUAGAGCAAGAGCGCAUCAAGAAAAAAGCUAAUGUUCAGGGUUCGAGUGAUUUGUACCAGCUUUACAUGGAUCCUGAUUAUAUUGCAAAUGUCCAGAGGGCAUACAACUCUCCUGAGUCCUACCACAAAGAUUACCGGAAACCAUUCCGCUCAGUGACAAUUUUUACCAAAGAUUUUGGUCAGAUAAUUGGACAAGGCUUCUCUGAUCGUCACGCAGUUAAGGUGCAAGGAAUCCGCCGUAAGUUGAUGGGAAGAGCCAGAAACUGGUUAACAUCUAGUGCUUUACAGCCUUAUCACUCAUGGGUUUACUGGAGAGAUGUCGAUAUUGAAACCUGUCCGGGCCUGGUUAUCCAAGACUUGAUGAAACAUGAUUAUGAUGUGACAGUGCCAAAUAUUUGGAGACCGUUGCCUACAUAUUUAGGUGGAGAACAGCCAUACGACUUGAACUCUUGGAUGGAAUCAGACCCCGCUUUGGCUCUUGCUAAAACUCUAGAAGAAGAUGAUGUCAUUGUUGAAGGUUAUGCUGAGUAUCCUACGUAUCGUGUUCAUUUGGCCUACAUUAGAGAAGCUGAUGGAAAUCCUGACGACAUCGUCGAUCUUGACGGUAUUGGAGGUGUAUCCAUUCUAGCCAAGGCGCGCAUCAUCAGACAGGGUGUCAACUUUCCAGCAUUUUCGCUCUGGAACCAUGCCGAAACAGAGGCUUUUGGUAAGAUGGCCAGAGCUAUGGGCUUCCGUGUUGGAGGCUUGCCGCACUACACCAUCUGGCACAUCUUUGAGCCAAGUGAGGAUGACUUGAAGCACAUUGCCAAGUUGGAGCGGAAAAAGAGACGCCAGCUGAAAGCCUAG